UACUUUCCAUCGCUGUCUCUCCCCCGCUCCGUUGCGAUUUCCCCCUUCAUCGUAUUAAGGCCAAGCCUCUCUCCUCGCGGACUCAGCCCGGAGGCCACGGGACUGCCACAUGCUGCGGAGGGGGCGGGAUUUGUAGCUCCUGGUUCCCUGGGUGUAAUGAGCGGGUGCCAAGCAAGGCUUGUGCUGCAAUCCUGUGCGUCCUUUUCCUGGGCAUGAGCCCCACUGAAUAGAGCUGGGCUGACUUCAGAGUUCUGCAGUUAUGGAACUGAGUGAUGCCAAUUUGCAGACUUUGACAGAAUACUUAAAGAAGACUCUUGAUCCUGAUCCUGCCAUAAGGCGUCCUGCGGAAAAAUUCCUUGAGUCGGUUGAAGGAAACCAGAAUUACCCACUGCUACUUUUAACACUACUGGAGAAGUCCCAAGAUAAUGUCAUCAAAGUGUGUGCCUCUGUCACAUUCAAGAAUUACAUUAAAAGGAACUGGAGAAUUAUUGAAGAUGAACCGAACAAAAUAUGUGAAGCCGACAGGAUAGCCAUCAAAGCCAACAUAGUACACCUAAUGCUUAGCAGUCCAGAACAAAUUCAAAAACAGUUAAGUGAUGCUAUCAGCAUAAUUGGUAGAGAAGACUUCCCUCAGAAAUGGCCUGAUCUGCUAACGGAGAUGGUGAAUCGCUUUCAGAGUGGAGAUUUCCAUGUUAUUAAUGGAGUUCUUCGUACAGCACAUUCUUUAUUCAAAAGGUAUCGUCAUGAGUUUAAAUCAAAUGAACUGUGGACAGAGAUCAAACUUGUUCUUGAUGCUUUCGCACUUCCCUUGACAAAUCUCUUUAAGGCCACAAUUGAGCUUUGUAGUACUCAUGCAAAUGAUGUCAGUGCUUUGAAAGUCCUCUUCUCUUCUCUGAUUCUGAUUGCUAAGCUGUUCUACAGUUUAAAUUUUCAGGAUCUUCCUGAAUUUUUUGAAGAUAACAUGGAAACCUGGAUGAUGAAUUUCCAUAAUCUUCUAACUUUGGAUAACAAACUGUUACAGACAGAUGAUGAAGAAGAGGCUGGUCUGUUAGAGCUUUUGAAAUCCCAAAUUUGUGACAAUGCAGCCUUGUACGCCCAAAAAUAUGAUGAAGAAUUUCAACCUUACCUGCCCCGUUUUGUCACAGCAAUCUGGAAUUUAUUAGUCACAACAGGGCAAGAAGUUAAAUAUGAUUUGUUGGUAAGCAACGCCAUCCAGUUUCUAGCUUCUGUUUGUGAGAGGCCCCAUUAUAAGCACCUGUUUGAAGACCAGAAUACACUGACAAGUAUUUGUGAAAAAGUCAUUGUUCCCAACAUGGAAUUUAGAGCUGCUGAUGAAGAAGCCUUUGAAGAUAAUUCUGAAGAAUAUAUCAGAAGAGAUUUGGAAGGAUCUGAUAUUGAUACCAGACGCAGAGCAGCCUGUGAUCUUGUAAGAGGGUUGUGCAAGUUUUUUGAAGGACCUGUUACUGGGAUCUUUUCUGGUUACGUUAACUCUAUGCUGCAGGAAUAUGCAAAGAAUCCAUCUGUCAACUGGAAGCAUAAAGAUGCUGCUAUUUACCUUGUAACGUCUCUGGCAUCGAAAGCUCAGACACAAAAGCAUGGAAUAACACAAGCCAAUGAACUUGUAAACCUGACGGAAUUCUUUGUGAAUCACAUUCUACCGGACCUGAAGUCUCCUAAUGUGAAUGAGUUUCCCGUGCUUAAGGCUGAUGGUAUCAAGUACAUCAUGAUUUUCAGGAACCAAGUACCCAAAGAACAACUAUUGGUGUCUAUUCCUCUCCUAAUCAAUCAUCUUCAAGCAGAAAGCAUUGUAGUUCAUACUUACGCAGCCCAUGCCCUUGAAAGGUUAUUUACAAUGAAAGGAGCGAACAACACUACACUGAUUACAGCUGCAGAGAUGGCACCUUGUACAGAAAUGCUACUAACAAACCUCUUCAAAGCACUGACACUUCCAGGGUCAUCAGAAAAUGAGUAUAUUAUGAAAGCUAUCAUGAGAAGCUUUUCCCUACUUCAGGAAGCCAUAAUUCCCUACAUCCCUUCUCUCAUCACUCAACUCACACAGAAACUGCUUGCUGUCAGUAAGAAUCCAAGCAAGCCUCACUUUAAUCAUUACAUGUUUGAAUCAAUUUGCUUGUCAAUAAGGAUAACUUGCAAAGCAAACCCCACUGCCAUUGGAAGCUUUGAAGAUGCUUUGUUUAUGGUGUUCACAGAGAUUUUGCAGAAUGAUGUGCAAGAAUUCAUUCCAUAUGUGUUUCAAGUGAUGUCUCUGCUUCUGGAAAUGCAUAAAAAUGACAUCCCAUCGUCGUAUAUGGCCUUAUUUCCACAUCUGCUUCAGCCAGUCUUGUGGGAGAGGUCAGGAAACAUCCCCCCUUUGGUGAGACUCCUUCAGGCCUACUUGGAGAAAGGUGCCAGCACGAUAGCAAACGCCGCAGCUGACAAAAUUCCUGGACUAUUGGGUGUGUUCCAGAAACUUAUUGCCUCUAAACUUAAUGACCAUCAAGGAUUCUACCUUCUCAACAGUAUUAUAGAACAUAUGCCCCCUGAAUCCAUUGAUCAGUACAGGAAACAAAUUUUUAUCCUGUUAUUCCAAAGACUUCAGAAUUCCAAAACAACAAAAUUUAUCAAAAGUUUCUUAGUCUUUAUCAACUUGUAUUGUGUAAGAUACGGAGCAAUAGCACUUCAAGAAAUAUUUGACAGUAUACAGCCAAAGAUGUUUGGAAUGGUUUUAGAGAAAAUCAUAAUACCGGAAAUACAGAAAGUAUCUGGGCAAGUAGAAAAGAAAAUCUGUGCCGUUGGUAUAACAAAAAUUCUAACAGAAUGCCCGCCUAUGAUGGACACAGAAUACACAAAGUUGUGGACACCCCUUCUUCAGGCCCUCAUUGGUCUCUUUGAGUUGCCUGAAGAUGAUACCCUUCCUGACGAAGAACACUUCAUUGAUAUAGAAGACACGCCAGGGUACCAAACUGCAUUCUCCCAGCUUGCCUUUGCUGGGAAAAAAGAGCACGACCCAGUGGGCCAAAUUGUGAACAAUCCUAAAAUCCAUCUCGCACAGUCUCUUCACAAGUUAUCAACUGCAUGUCCAGGCAGGGUUACCUCAAUGCUGAGUACUAGCCUGAAUGCAGAAGCUUUGAAGUUUCUUCAAGGAUACUUACAGGCUGCAAGUGUAACAUUGCUCUGACCUCUUUAUUUUGAAUGGGAGAAUUUCAAAGUUGCAUCAAGAUAUUGACUGUUCUAAACAAAGCUCGGACACGGUGAAGCGAGUUGCUACUUCAAAAAACACAUCAAUGAAUAACUGCUUGAUACAGAAGCUGAAUGAUACUUCGUUCAUGUGAUCAUAGGUAAAGAAGCAAAUGACUUUCCCAUUCCCAGUUUGCUUUCAAAGGGAAUAGUAAUAGGAGUUUAUCAUUUGGGAUUGAUUGGAGUUCCACAUCUGCAGUGUUUGGGUAUCAUUUUAAAAUGUAUAGAGUACUGGAUGCAAACUCAUGUUGUCACUUAUUUUUUCCAGUUUAUUGUCAUUUGUAUUUCUUUUGUGUCUCAAAAACUUUAUCCGAAUUGUGAAUAAAUAAGCUCUUGUUUAAAGUAUUUGUCUAGCAAUAUAUAUCUUACUAUGGUAGAAUAAAUUGUAGUUGUCUGCAAAGAAACUGUCAAUUAGUCCCAGUAAUACCCAGCACUUCUUAAUUUGCUUUUCCACCUGAGCUUUACCGUAACACUAUUCAUGACAAACAUUAGAAUUGUAUUUGGAGAGGCACCUUCAUAGCAUUCUUGACUCUUUAGUGUCUCAGUCAUACUUGAACAUCCCACCCAUCUUUCAGGAAAUGCAUUGCUAUGAAAUAUAGUGGAAAAUAAAUGUCUCAGAUUUAAUCCAUGCAGGUGCUUCUUGUUAAGCAGUUCUGUUCAGCUGCAUUUGGGACUUGCUGGAAUUCUUCAAUUUCAUAUUUUAAACACUGAAAAGCUGAGUCUUAAUAUUGGUUAGUGAAAGGUAACAUUAUUCUGGAGGAACUGUAUCUUGCUGAAAUUUUGUCUAGGGUUGUGUAAUCACUGCUGUUAAUAUGUGGUAUGAGUACCUAGGAGGCUUAAGGUUACAGAUAUUCAGAAAGAAAUAAAAUAAAAUUAGGCAAUUUAUUAUCUCUUACUCUUAUCUCAGAUGUUUAACAAGACUGAAAUGACCUUUACAAAUUUAGUGCUAUAGACCGUUAAAUAACGCGAGAUGAGCGCUGCAACCCCAGAGUCGGUCACGACUGGACCCAAUGGUUAGGGGUCCCUUUAACUAUAGGAGUGAUCUUCACAAUUGUAUACAGCUUGAACUUCCUUAAAAAUAAUUACUAUGCAACUUGAAUAUUCUAACCACUAGGCCCAGAAAACAGUCUUGAAGGCACAUGAUGCAGUUCUACUGCUGAAGGUCUGGGCCUCAGUAGUGCAUGAGUGUGUGACUACCUAAGAACCAAGUGCAAACCAUUUUCUGCAGCAAGAAUAGGACACAAGCCAAUUAAAAAGCAAGUUGACAGUCAAAUGUAUUCUGAUUUCCUUUUUUUAGUAUGGACUCAUGACCUGUGUGUGUGUGUGUGUGUGUGUGUGUGUGUGUGUGUGUGUGUGUGACUCCAGGAAUCCUGAUGCAAUACAGACGAUAGCAAUGGGCCUUUAAAUAUGUUUUCAUGUACCACUAGCUGGCCCUGCACGCAUUGCUGUGCGUUAGUCUGUGAAAUGGAGGGUAAUAGCCCCCUUUCAGGUCCCCCUGAGCCACAGAGUCCCCCUGAGUCGAGGCGAGAUACUGUGGAGAGGGCAGAUUUCAUCCCUG